AUGAAUCGCGGAAAAGUGAGGAUAACAUCGCAAAAAAAAGUGAGACAAGAAUCGCGGAAAAAUGAGAUUAUAUUUACAGAAAAGUCGAUUUACAAUCGUGAAAAAGUGGAUUUAGAAUUGCGCUUUUUUUUUUCUCAGAUAUUAAAAAAAAAGACACUGAAACUGUCAACUGGAAUGGACGAGGAACUUGAGAUCAACCGUGAAAGUCUUGCUGAAUCCAGUCCCACACAAGCUAGCACCAUUGAAGACCCACCAGAAAAAUCCUCUACUCUUAAUUUGAGCGACGACAAACCAGCAACUAUGAUGUCCGACGAGUUGGAUGCAGAUGCCCAGCUAAAUGGUGGAAGCGAUAACGUGGCUGGUGAACAGGAGGAAUCCAAAACCAAUCUUAUAAUAAAAUAUAUCCCUGAGAAUAUGACAGAGGACGAGAUUAGUGUGGCAGCUUUGACAAGAAAACCAAUAGAGAAACAAACAAGGAAAGAAGUUUUUCAAUUGUUUGAAAAGGAGCAUUCAGUUGCUUCAGCUUAUAACAGUUUCUGCUUUAGUAAAAUGGAAGAACUAGGCGACAAAUAUGAUGAAGUUGUAUGCGACAAACACUAUUUUCCAUCUAAAGAAGAUUUUUCCAACUUGUGGAAAACUCAUUUCAAAGGCCAUUAUGAAGAUAGAUCAGGCGUUUCACAAGGAAUAGGCUUCAUCAGAUUUGACAAACAUUUAGAAGCUGAACUAGCUAUCCAGGAGCUAAACGGUACCACCCUUGAAGGAGCCUCUGAACCCCUUAAAAUAACUUUUACGGCCGAUUCUAGAGGUAAUAACAGAACUGUUCCACCAUCGAAUAUUCACUCCACGUCACCAGCUAGAAGAAGUUUUCCAGUUCCUCCGAUGAGACGAACUAGACUCAAAAGCAAAAUGAAGAAAAAGAACGACAAACCGAAAAAAAGCAAAAAAAAAAAACAAGAAGUAUUGUACGUAGUCAAAAACGUUCCCAGGCACCAGUUGUGUUCAAGAAAAAUGUUCAAACUGAUGAAACGAUUACAAGGCAGCACCGACUUUAUGAUUCAUAAAGCACCAUUCGCAAGACUGAUCCGAGAAAUAAUGCAAGCCUGUUCGCAAGCAAAAAGGAUAACAGUGGAAGCCUUAGAAGCCUUACAAGUGGUAGCCGAAGUUUACCUCACCGAUUUGUUCAUCGAUGCCAAUGCAUGUGCUGCCCAUGCUAAGAGAGUGACUAUUCAACCAGUAGAUAUAAAACUAGUUGCAGCAUUGAGAGGAGUUUUAGACCCAGGUUUUAACUUCAGAUGA